AGUCCCUGUGGACACAGGUUCGCAGCUGAUCCCUUUGGUCAGUGCGCACCCACAACUAGCAAUGGUUUCUCCCAGAGUCCACGAAGCUCCUGUUCCUGGGACGGCGAGGUAGAGGCCUGGGAGGGUUCUGGGUGCUCUCAGACACGUGCGGGUGGCGGCGGCGUACACAUUCGUGGAGUAACGUCGAGACGCUGAGGAGGCGGGGCCGGCUAUUUGAAUCCCGCGGCGGGUGGCAGGAGUGCUGAGCUGAAGUGUAGGUACCGCGUACUGCGUGUUCCGGGUGUCGGUGAACGGUAAGAGGCAGCCCCCGGUGGCUGGCUUGCCGGCCAGCAGUUACUUUCUCGAGCUAACCCUUCAGGACCAAAGAGCCGUGCUCUAGAAGGCAGAGCAACCGCAAUAGUCGAGUGCGGCGGAGCGUUCAGAAUAAACCCAAGCGGGAGGAGAGCCAAACUGCGGGACUGAGAGAUGGAUACCGAUUCAAAAGUCAGCGAGCUCCCCGAAACCACGGAGUCUGCUAUUAAUAAUAUUGAAAACACCAAUUUCAUUUUGGGAAACAAAAAGCUUGUCACUCCUCAGAAGCAUGCAGCUGAGGCGACUCCUAAUGAUUGCACACUAGAUACUUUUAAAUCACCUUUGGACUUUUCCACAGUAACUGUAGAGCAGUUGGGAAUUACACCUGAAAGCUUUGUAAAGAACUCUUCAGGAAAGUCAUCAUCCCACCUUAAAAAAUCCAGACGACGCUCUACAGUUGGUGUUCGGGGCUCUCCUGAAACAAACCAUCUUAUUCGUUUCAUUGCUCAGCAGCGGAAUUUAAAGAAUGCAGAGAAGUCUCCUUUGACACAGAAUUCCCCUUUUCUGGGCAGCCCUGUACUGUAUCGAAAUGUUAAUUCUUUGAGAGAACGAAUAUCCGCCUUCCAGUCGGUUUUCCAGUCCAUAAAUGAAACGGAGAAAAUGACUGACUGCCCUGAAUUCGCAGAGGCAGGGGGAGAGUUGCAGACAACAGGCUUGACCAAAAAGGAAUGUCAGAGUGAAUGUCAACAGUCUGAGUUCCCAGAACAGUUAUCCAAACGUCAGAGAAUAUCUUCUCGGGCCAACUCUGACGAAAAUCCAGCUGAUGCCAUUGAUCUCCAGAUACUCAAUGUUGCUACUCCUCCCAAUACAGACGGAACAUGUGCUCUUGAAACUUCUCUUGCAGAUCUUCCUGAGAAAUCUGAGUCUGGUUUAACGCAGUCUGGAUGGAUGGUUGAAAAAUCUAUUCCACUUUCAGACCUCACAGAGGCUUCAAGUGGAAUGGAGGUUGCUGACUGUGUAGAGGGCAAAGGCCCAGCUGAUGCUGUUUCCCUGGACACAUUUCCAGAAGCGAGCACAGGCACAGCUCCUGCAGUCAGGUCCCUGGGUACUCCACUGUGCGAGAGGGACAUUCCGUCCUCUGAGACAUCCGUCCUUCGUUCUGUGCUGAAGAAACCCUCUGGUAAGCUGUGCCUAGAAAGCCUGCAGGAACACUGUGACAACCUCCGUGAUAAUGGGACUCAUCCAAGCUUAAUCUCAAAUCUUGCAAACUGUUGCAUAGAACAAAAAGCAGAAGAUCAAGAAAAUUAUAAAGUGCCGGCCUUUCUAAAUACGAGGAAGAGGAAGAGAGUUACUUUUGGAGAGGACCUAAGCCCUGAAGUAUUUGAUGAAUCUUUGCCAGCAAAUACUCCAUUGCGUAAAGGAGAAACACCUGUUCGCAAAAAGGAUUUGAGUAGUAUCAAUCCUCUGAUACUUGAACAGUCACCAGUUCCUGAGCCAGUACCUCAACCAAAUUUUGAUGACAAGGGGGAGAAUCUUGAAAAUAUAGAACCUCUUCAGGUGUCAUUUGCUGUUCUGAGUCCUCUUAGUAAGUCUACAAUCUCUGAGACUCUUUCAGGCACAGAUACCUGUAGCUCUUCAAACAACCACGAGAAAAUAACCUGUAAAGGUGGUCGAAUAACACGGACCUCCAGCAGAAGACGUCAAUCGAUCGGUUUUGCGGAAGAGAGUGUUUGCAGCUUACUUAGUACAGAAGCUCAGCCUUGUAAAGAAAAGAAAAUAAAGACGAGGAAAUCUCAAGAAAGCAAGCCCACAGACAAAGUACUUCGUAAAAAGAAUCAGGUUUUAAAAAGUGGCAGAAAGAAGAAAGCAAAGAGAAAGAAAGGUGUUGAGAAGUCUUUAUAUGGGGAAAGAGACAUCGCUUCUAAGAAGCCGCUCCUAAGCCCUAUUCCAGAGCUGCCUGAGGUGUCUGUGUCGCCUGCUCUGCCCAGAGUCCGAAGGCUGUAUUCAGAUGGUUCCAACUCAGAUGGUGAACUUGAAGAAGUGACGCUUCCAGAAAGAAAGAAUCUUUUGCCUCAGAACUCGGAUUUUCAGAUGAAUCAAGACUUGACUAAAUCUGAUGUGUCUGAAUUCUGCAGCUCUUACAUAAAAAGCUCCGUGUCACUUAUUAAUGCUAAUUUUGAUCAAGAUUCAAAUAUAAGUACUAUAGAAAUUCAUGAAAGUAAAUAUAAUCCAAAAGCAGAAAUUAAGUUGGAAAGUGAAAAUGAACUAAAAACCGAGACCGAGAAUGAAAACAGUCAUAUUUCUUGUGCUUCUGUGACAAAAAAUCCCAUUGUAUCAGAUCAUCCAAAAUCGGAUUUUAUUCAGCAGUCCCAAGAAUUUUCUGCUGCUGGUCAAAAUGCGGAAAACUUUUUUCAAAGCUUUAAAAUUUCAGAAGAUAUAAAGCGUGAAAAACAGGAUGACCUCUUACUAGCUUCUGAAGGGAGACUGCUAACCAAGCCUUUAACAUCUGACUCACAAAAAAAAUAUGAUUCUUCAGAAGAUGUCUUAAUUGACAGUAUAAAAGAAAAUAAAAGUCAAUGUGAGGAUUUGGGGAAAAAUGUCGCAGAAAGUAGUAGUGGUGUGAGUUGUAAAAGGAAACACAGAAGACGCUCUAUGUGUUAUUCUGAUGGUCAAAGUUUACAUUUGGGAAAAAAUGGAAAUCACAAACCUUCCUAUAGUGUGGGCAGCUUUGAACCAAUUAGUUUAGAAAAAUCUGAACUAUAUAAAGAGUUAUCUGACUCCAUAGAGCAAACCUUUCAGAGAACAAAUAGUGAAACGAAAGUCAGACGUAGCAUGAGGCUACAAAAUGAUUUGGAAAAUGAAGGACUUGUCUGGAUUUCACUUCCAGUUCCUUCCACUUCCUUCACUUCCCAAAGAACCAAAAGGAGAACAGUAUAUACAUUUGACAGCAGAGGAUUUGAAAGUAUGUCCCCCAGAAAAAAAGUUGUGUCCUCCAGCCAAAAACCUAGUAUACCGCCCUCCACAUCAGGUCAAGAGAACAGUGAGGGCUUUGCAGCCAUUUCUUCCAGUUUACCUGAAAAGAGAAGGAAGAGCUUUUGUACAUCUGCACUUGCAAACACUGAAAAUUCUAACUCAAAAUGCUACAAAAGAAGAACCUCUCAAUCAGAAGGGAUAAAGCUCUCAAAAAUGACUGUCAAGAGAAUUAAACAUUUCGGGGAACUACAGCAAUAACUGACAUUUCCUGCAGAACAUUUGGCAAGAGAGAAGGUAACCAUCCAUGCUUAAAAGAUUCUUUCAUUCUAGUUCCCAUUCUUUGUUCAAUUUCAGUGUUUUAAAAGUUUCAAAUAAAAUCAUUUGGGUUGAAACUACUUUUAAGUAGAAAUAAGUGAAUUUCUUUAUCAUUCAAAAAGAAAACAUUCUAUUAAAUAUGUCCUCCAAAUGUUAAACGCUUUAGUAGUAGUUUGUGCUAAAAAGGAUUGUUUUUAGCCCCAACAAUAUGUUAAGUUUUAUUUCACAUUAGUACAUAUUUACUACCAAAGAUUUAUUGUCUCUGUUGUAAAAAAGCACCUUUUAGAAUUGACUUGUCAUGUCUGGAUGAGGAGAGGUUUAAAAAAAAAAUUGAUAGAAUUAAUUUAACUAUCAAAAUCAAAGGUUAAUAUAAGGUUGAAAGCUGUUUUUUAAAAAGUGGGGUGAGAUGUGUUUUUAAAAAUACUGCAAAAAAAUUGGUUGAAAGUUUUAACAAUUAGGAAAGACGGAAAUUAUAAAACUUGUUCUUUUGGGAGGGGUUAAAGUUACGAGAAGCUUAAGUGACUUGCUUUAUCUGUCUCAAAUGAAAUUUUUAUUUUCAUACUUAGAUUAAAAUCAAAUCUUAAACAUGGAAUUUUACAGAAGUCUUUGAGUAAACUAGAUUGUGAUAAGUCUAUCAUUAUAAAAUGAAAAUGUAAUUUAUAAAUAACUAAUGUGAAAACAUUUUGUUCUUCAAACAAGAUUCUUGCAUGCUUUGUGAUAGGGGAGGUGGGGGAUUCGUUUUUAGUGAAAAUAUAGCAGUUUAGUUGAAGAUUAAUUUUCCAGAUUAUUCAAAUUAGUCACAGGUAAUUAUGGAUUUAAAUUCAUGUUCUUCAUAAAAAAAAUUUUUUAAUCCAGAAAUGGCCCUAGAGAAUGAGUUUGCUAACAUGAAUCAUGCAUGGUAGUAAGGCUGCUGAUUUCUUUCACAUGACUUUUUCCAGCCGUUUUAACGUUUAUUUCACUGUAUCAAGUACUAUCACUUGUCUCAGAUUUACUAGUAAGCCUCAGCGAUAUUGUGAUAGAUCCUAUUGCCAUUUGGGUGAUAGCGUUUGAAACUCUAAAUUGUUAUAUAUCUGGAAUUUGUGAAUGUGUAUAAAUCCUUAUAUCAUUAAACAAUUGUCUUUGGAAUCUUUUACAUCAUUACACUCUGCCUCUGCAUGAUAGCAGGAACAUGUUAACAAAUAGAGCUCUCUAUAAAUAACACAACAGGGAAGAAAGCCCCUGCUGAGAGCCCAUUUCCCCUCCGCAGAUAGAGACUAUUUGUUACCUUCUUGGCACCAAUAGGUCUGGAACUCCUGCUGCUAAAGACUAAUGUAUUUUACAUUAACACUCCAAGUGAUCCCCAAUUUCUUCUGCUAAAGGGUGGAUUGUUUAAAAAAUUCUUUUAUCUUUACACGUAAAUUAUUUAUGGGCUCCCCCCCUUUCUAGUUUUAGUGUGGUUGGCAAAUCUAUACCACUGAAAACGAACCAAAAGAAAAAAAUAACUAAUGAACGAACUUCUUAUGAAUCUUUGUUCUUAGUAAUUUAAAAAGGAAAAAAAAAUUUCAUAAAUGGAAAAUGUUACAGGGUUUUGUUUUUUUGUUAAAUUUUUGUAUUUUUCCUUUAACAUGAAGGCUUAAAACACUUAUGUUCUCCCCUUUUAAUUGUAUGAUCUAUAAUCUUAAUUGUAUUUGAAUUUUUUAAAUUUCACUGGGCUUUGUUUUAUUUCUCAAAAAGUGCCAGUGAGGGUGAGGGAAACAUUUUGGUCUGGGUUUUUUUUUGUUUGUUUGUUUUUGUUUUGGCUUGAUUUUUCAAAUGUAAAAUUGUUCUUAUUUUCUAGCCUCUACAGUUAAAAAUACAAACACCCUUUACAAGUCGUGUUGGUUUCAAAAUGUUUCAAUAUGAAUAUGUUGUUGUUAUUUGUAAAUAACAAAUGGGCAUGUUUUUUCCUUAAACAAGAUCAAAUCUGAGCAAUCAAAGCAACUUUGGCAUAGUUAUAUUCUUUAAGUCUCAUUUGCAUCAUAAAUUUAAGAAAAGUUAAUGAUUUCUGUAUUUGACAUGCUUGCUUGUUUUUACGAUUUCUUUUCACUAGUGGUUAAAUCAAAAACUUGGCUUCAAAAUAGUUUUUUCCAGCCUCAUCUUUUUUACUGCUGUAACCCUUGACAAUAUCGUGUUAGAAAGUCUCAUCUGUUCCUGCUGCUCCUGUAGAUUCUUGUCUGCUCCAGAAGAUGGCAGCAUGACAUCUGAAGUUUGUUCUCCUACACACAUUACCUUAAUGCCAGGGCAGCUUUUGUUGCUGUGGGUCCUUCCCCUUAACUUUUAUUUUUACUUAUUUUUAUUAUAAAAGUAAUGUGUGGCUAUUGAAAAAGGUAGAGAACUGUACAAAAUUUAAAAAUGCCUUCUCCCACCCCGUGCGAGCAUCCUACAGCCACGCCUUCUUCCUCUCCUCAGCUUUCUUAAGUGUACACACUUAACAGUGGUGUACGUCUUCCAGACCUUUGCCUGUAUGAACAUGGGUAUGGAUUUCGUUGUUUGCUGUUGGAAUCACUAUAUGUGCCGUUCUGCAACUCGAUUUUUUAAUUCAACAAGUUACCAUGCAUGUCCUUCCGCCGUAAUAUGGAGAGCCGUAGUGUUCCUCGGUCUUCAACCCUUGCAUAGAAUUACAUGAUUUUGAUAGCUACAAGUAUAAUUUAGGCAUCUCCUUGCUAAUGCAUGCUAGUUGUCUCCAGUUUUUUGUUAAUUGAAAAUUAUGCCACACUCCGCUUGUGUGAAAAUAUAAGAUAAAUUCCUGGAAAUUAACAUAGUUAUUAAGUUCUCUUCUAUAGAUCUUACCUGGCAAAGUCUUUUUAUAAAGAUGUUGGCAUCCAUGCCGUCUUUCUGUCUCUCCUAUUCUUCUCCUGCCACUUAAUGCCACUUGGCUUCCAUUUUCUCCUACUGCCCCACUGGCACUUAAGCUGUAGAAUUAAGGGUCAGCUUUAGAUCUUGCAUAACAAGAAAAAAUGAUUAAUAAUGCCUGAUUAUGCUUUAGAUUGAAAGAGCUUUUUCUUUUAAUGGGAGGUUUGUUGAGGUAUAAUUAACCUACAGUAAAGUUCACCCUCUUUGAACGCACAGUUUGAAUUUUGGCAAAUUCACGUAACUGCUACCACGGUCAAGUAAAAAACAGAACAUUUUCAUCACCCCAAAAGAAAUUUUCUCUGAUCUCUUUGCAGUCAAUCUUCUUUCCCCCAACCCCGGCCUCUCACAAACCCUCACCUGAUUUUUAUCCUUAUCGUUUUGCCUUUUCCAGAGUGUCAUAUAAAUGGGAUUGUAUAGUAUAUAUCCUUUUGUAUCUACUUUUUUAAAUUUAGCAUAAUGUUUUUGAGAUUCAUCCAUGUCGCAUGUUAUAUAAAUAGUUGA